AUGAGUUCUUCAUCAAGCUCUCGUGAACCUUCACCAUCUAUGAAACAAACUUUACCAAACGAUUAUGGAGCACCUAUUGAAUAUUUCUUACGAGCUGCACAAUGGCAAAGAGCAGUCUCACCAAGGUUAGGUGUUCCACCAGCUCCUGUCAAAAAUAGCAUUUGGUCAAGUCCUUAUAUAAAAUAUGGUCUCCCACUAGGUUUGCUAGCUACAGCAGGAGCAGUAAUGAUGUUGAAAAGAAAUAAAGCAAAUGUUGUAAAUAAUACUGAAGUAGCUGAAGUUAAACAAAACUCCGACACCAUCGCCAAAACCAACGCCUUCACAAACAACACCUUCAAUGACUCCUGA